AUGGGUCACGUGACCCCUCUUAUAGUGCUUCUUCGAAUCAGAAGCUCACUCUCUGGCGCCAUCCAGCGGUCCAUCAGAGCUCUGGACCGAUCUGCUAGACGCCUGGUUGUGCUGCCCUUCAUUCUCACUUUCAAUCUGUUCAACACGCCUCGAACUGCGGUGCCGCAAUCGGGGACAAACUCCAGCAAGGUGUCGAACGGAGGCUGGGUUCAGCUUGCAAGCACAGCUACAACGACCGGUGGAGCCGUUGGAGAGUGUUUCAGUCGUUUCAGAGAGCUUUACGUACACUUUCCACGUUCAUUGCUGCCUACAGUGUCUAUCUUACAACAACUAGCGAAAUCGCUGUCGAAGCUAUUGACUAAACCACCGAAGAUUACUGCCCAGAGCAUUGAAAAGGAAUUGCCAGAGAUGCGUCAGACGGUUGCUAAACUUGCCCAAGCGUACGUGCCAAUGAUCAAAUUUGUCGGGGGCAGACACCCGCAGAUCCAGCACAGCGGUGCUGUGAAGUGCCAUCCCUGCACGGUGGAUGGCCUGUUGCCGGGAUCAGACGGCUGUGUGCCAGCCGGGGAAUUUCUAAGCAAGCAGAAGCCAUUUCAAGUGUUCCCCUACCGUUCGAAUGGCAGCGGGCAGUUCGGCUCUGGAAGCUCGUCAGCAGGCUCUGCUUCGGCUGAAUUGGCUGAGAAGAACCGUUCCAGAUACGCAUUCGUCGACAGGCCCCUAAAGGACAAGGAGCUGGACUCUAUUUUUGAGUUGCCUGCCCGUUUCAGGUACAAGCCUAUCAGCGACCUGGAGGCAGAGGCCAUUAACGGAGGCGGUGCAUUAUGA